AUUAAGAUCGAAGGUCGUAAUUGCGAUGGGGGCGUGCCUGCUGUUCUCUGGUCGCUAACAACAUCCAUGUGCACAUCUGAUACCCUACACAUUGGACCCAUUUUAUAUUUCCAAAAACAAUUCCCUUUCUCUAUCUAUUUAGGUAGUUGGCUCUUCUCAUUUCUACAGUAAAACUAACCCCACUUCCAAACACUACAUGCCGCCUUUGCUAGCUAUUUUCUAUGAAAUCAACACUAUUUAUUUUCUCUCUUCUUCGUUGCCCUUUAUGCCUUGCACCCCUUAUAUAUAUACUCUCAUACUCAUUUUUUUUAUGUAUAAUUAAUAUCUUAUUUCUAUCUUUCCUCUCUCUCUCAGUUAAAUGCAUCAAGACAUGAGUAUAUCUGUAAAUGGCCAAUCACAGGUGCCUCCUGGUUUUCGAUUUCAUCCAACUGAAGAGGAGCUCUUACAUUACUACUUGAAGAAGAAAGUCUCGUAUGAGAAAAUCGACUUGGAUGUUAUUGGCGAUGUGGAUCUUAACAAGCUGGAGCCAUGGGAUAUACAAGAGAAGUGCAAAAUUGGUACCACCCCUCAAAAUGAUUGGUACUUCUUUAGCCACAAAGAUAAGAAAUAUCCAACCGGAACUCGCACAAAUCGUGCAACUGCUGCUGGGUUUUGGAAAGCUACUGGCCGCGAUAAGGUUAUAUACAGUAGUGGUAGACGCAUUGGUAUGAGGAAGACUCUAGUGUUCUACAAAGGUCGAGCUCCACAUGGCCAAAAAUCUGAUUGGAUUAUGCAUGAAUAUAGGCUGGACGACAACCUUAAUUUUCCCGAUACUAAUGUCUCCAAUGUUAUGGGAGAUGCUUCACAAGAAGAAGGAUGGGUAGUUUGCCGUAUCUUCAAGAAGAAGAAUCAUCAUAAAACCCUAGACAGUCACAGUCCUUUAAGUACUUCGUCAUCUAUUAUCGCUGCCGUUGAAACGAGAUCGACGAGCCAGAUUUUGAAUUCAUUCAACGAAGGUGCUUUAGAUCAAAUACUUCAACAUAUGGGAAGGGCUUGCAAAGAAGAAAAUUAUGAAGCAAAUAAAUUGAGAUUUCUCCGGUCAAAUAUCGACACAGCUAUCAGCAAUGGCUACCACGAUACAUUUAUGAAACUUCCAACCCUAGAGAAUCCAAAUUCUGGAAGUACACAAAAUUGUUACCCAUCCAUGGUUAAUAAUGAGGGUUCAAUGGAUGCUAAUUCAGUUUACCCAUUGGAUUCUGGCUUAACCAACUGGGCGGCCCUUGAUCGUCUAGUAGCUUCACAGCUUAACGGCCAAAUUUCUUGCUUCAAUGAACCCAUCGUGGCCUAUUGUAAACCUACUGAUCAACCUCACGAUGAUCUUCAAUUGCCAACCGUACGAUCAUCAUUCUCAUUACCAUCCAACAGGGCAUACCAUGGAAAUCAAGUCCAUAAUCAAGAUUAUGAUAGUGAGAUUGACUUGUGGAAUUUCACCACACGAACAUCGUCUUCGUCGGACCCAAUAUGCCACGUUGCAAGCUCUAGUGUAUAACAGAUGAAUAACCCUAGCAACAUAUAUAAUCAUAUCAUAGUUUAUAAAGUCAGAAGGAGUAUUAUGAUAGAUUAAUGAUAAAAUAAUAAAAAGUGAAGAGGGUUUCUUAGAUGGGAUGGCGUUGUCAACCAUUAUCUUUUUCUUGAUUAAGAUGUUUAGCAAUUUUCCUAUUUGUUAUCUAGAAACUAAGCGCUAGCUAGCUAGAUGGCAAUAAUCUGUGGGUGAUUUACUUUAAGAGAAUAUUAUAUCUCUCCAACUGCAGUUAUAAUUCCUGCUAGCUUUUUAUUCUUCAAGUUAAUUAAGAUGAUGAGGAAGAAGAUAGAGGUGUCUGUAAUUAAUUAUCCUUGGGUUGCGUUCACAUGGUUUGUCUAGAAUCUGAGAUGAGAAGCAGUAUUUGCCUCCAACUCGAUUGGUCCUCUGCGAUCAAAGGAGAACAAAAGUUUGUGGGACAUAAUAGAUACCAAUUUAGUGGGAAACAAAAUUUUUUGCUUCAACCUAGCUUUAAGAUUUGAUUAGUAUGGCUGGAUUAUCUGUAAUUAUAAGCUUAAGAGUUUUAAUUUUGGUCAAGCCUGCUGUUAUUUUUUGUUUUAGGCAAGAAAAUUCCGAUUCUCAUU